AUGGGCAGGACUAUGAUCCAGGACUAUGAAGUCACCGAUAAGUCAGACAGGAUGAACACUAGGUCCUCUCUGUGGUUGCCUGAUAAUGAAAUUCCCCAGAGCUGUGAUGGGACCAUUAAGGGAAUGGAUGCUGAGGACUUGAAUAGGGAAGCCAUUCUUGUUUGCCCUCUUAGCAUGGAAUUUCUCUAUGUUUCCGAGUCAAUAAGCACUGAACAGGCAGGAGAGCAUAUUAUUGUAUUAUGGACACAUACUAUAUACAUCUACAUUGUGUUUCAGAGAGACCUGCCGGUGUACUACAAGCCCUGGACGGACAUUGCCAGAAAUGUGCCAGAACUCAUCUCCUCCCAUUCUUUGCGUCUCAGAAUUCAUGAUAUGCCUCAGUUGGAGACUCAUUUGUUACGGACACAUCGUGAGCUGCGUUUGGCCCAUCUGGCUUUGAGCGUAAUGACUAUGGGUUACGUAUGGCAGGAGGGAGAGAGAGAAACAAUAAAAGUGCUUCCACGGAGUCUGUCGCUGCCGUUCUGUGAGGUGUCUCAGAGACUGGGUCUGCCUCCGAUCCUCAUCCACGCUGACACAGUCCUCGCCAACUGGAAGAAAAGAGAUCCAGAUGGACCUUUUUCCAUGGAGAACUUGGACUUGUUGUUGACAUUGCCUGGUGGGGAAAGUGUAAGAGGAUUUUUUCUGGUGACACUGCUGGUGGAGUUGGCAGCUGUUCCUGGCCUGAAGUCUAUCCUUGAUGUCAUCAACGGCGUCCAGUAUAAUGAUGUUGCUAUGGUCACCAGAGCUCUGGAUGUUGUCAGUCAGACCAUAGACAGCAUGAAACAGGCCCUUAAACUAAUGCAUGAAUAUGUAGAUCCCUCCAUAUUCUAUGGCAUCAUGAGGAUAUAUCUGUCUGGAUGGAAAGAUAACCCAUUAAUGCCAGAAGGUCUUGUGUACGAGGGAGUUCAGGAGAAGCCACUGGAGUUUUCAGGAGGCAGUGCUGCUCAAAGUAGUACCUUACACAGUUUUGAUGAGCUGCUGGGAGUCCAACAUGAAGGCAGUAGUGGGGCCUUCCUGAGAAGAAUGAGGGGCUACAUGCUGCCCGCUCAUAAGCAAUUCAUUGAAAACAUCUCUAGUCGCCUGUCUUUGCGCAGCUUUGUGCUCCAGCAAGCAGAUGAGCGUCUAACACACACAUUUGAGCAGUGUGUGGCUCGGUUGGUGGACUUUCGAAAUUACCACAUCAUCAUUGUCACCCGCUACAUCACUAUCCCGGCCUCCCGUGCCAAACAGCUCCGUGCCAAUAAGCAGGGUUUGGCCGAGGAGCUGGACGCGAUCAGAUGUGCACCCACAGCGCUGGAGGAAAGAGGUACUGGAGGGUCAGGGAUUAUGACCUUUCUGAAGACGGUGCGUGACGAAACCAAAGACACUUCCAUCUCACAGUGUACUAAUGGGAACCACUUCUCGCCAGACCCAUCCAUAACAGAAAUACAGAAGGCUGCAUCUGAGUUCGCAACAGAAUGAUAAUAGCACCAAAGUAUCUUGGAAUGGUGAUUUGACAACCAAGGCUAAUUGGA